GAUGGGCACGGCUCACACGAGACAAACACAAUCUGCGAGUAUGCUUAUCAGCAUGGAAUCUUGUUAUUCUGUCUCCCAUCGAAGACGACGCACAAGCUUCAGCCCUUGGAUGUAGGUCUUUUUGGGCCCCUUCAGCGUGAAUGGGCCAAUACAUGCGAUGACAUGGCGGCAUUCGGCCAAUCGGUCACGAAGGAUAACUUCGUGGAAACCUACCUUCAAGUACGCGGGCGCAUACUCAAGAGCGAGAGUAUCCUCGCAGCAUUCAAGAAGACUGGCAUUCAUCCAUUGGAU